GCCAGAAGAGGGACAGGGUGGGAGUUGGGGGGAGCUGCUGGGCAGCGGCGAACAGGGCAGGUCCAAGGUGGCAAAUGGGCACCGAUGACUUCCCUGGGGUCCCAGCUCUGCAGAGCCACUUUGUUGGCAGCCAUCCUGCUGCUGUUGCUGUGGGUGAGGGGGGUAAGGACUCAGAAAGGAAGCCCAGAGUCUGAUGGGAAGAACCAAGAAGAACAAGCAUCUUCUGCAGACCAGGACCAAGAAAUGUAUGAAGAGCAUUUUGUGGCCUCUUCCGUGGGUGAGCUGUGGCAGGUGGUGGACAUGGCCCAGCAGGAGGAAGACAUGACAUCUGAGUCAGCAGUUAUCCGCGACCACCUCUUUGACCUUGCCUUCUGCUUUAACCUGGCCAGCACCAUGGUUUUUUUAUGAGGGACGUUGAGGCUGACCUGGUGGCCUGGUUCUUGGCUGAGGACUUGAAUGUCCAUCUCCGCUUCAUGAUAGCUUACUGACCCCAUCUUCCUGAUGUGCCCUCGUCAUUACACACAAGAGACACACACUUGGCUCACCACCCUUCUCUCUGGCUGCAUCUCACCUCAGGGUGCACCAUGAGAGACAUCUGUCAUCAUCAUUGCCUGACUGCCAACCACAGCUUCGUCUCCCAAGACCAGUGACACAAAACCCAUGCCCUUCUUUUCCCCACACCCCUCCUGUUUUGUGUUUUUUUUUUUCCAUGACAGCAGCUUAGGGAGAGUGACAGCAGCUUAGAGACAGUGACAAUAAAACAACCAUAAAGUCUUGACA